AUGAGUUUCAGUAUCGAAGCGUUUAUCAAGAUAUUACUUCUCUUCCUUCAUCUCCCCUCUAGCAUUUGCCAGCUUUCCCUUGACGCCCUUAAGCCAAACCAUCCCAUCAGAGACGGUGACAUUUUAGUCUCUAGCGCGCAAAUCUUUGCACUAGGGUUCUUCAGCCCUGGAAAUCCUCAGCACCGCUAUGUUGGAGUUUGGUAUAACAAAGUUCCAGAGCAAACCGUUGUCUGGGUUGCGAACAGAGACAACCCAGUCAAUGAUUCCUAUGGAGUGCUAUCGAUCAAUGGUGAUGGAGGCCUUGUCAUACAUGGAAAGGACCCAAGUAGUCCUCUUUGGUCCGCAAACGUUACUCUCUCUUCACCAUACAAUUUUAUAGCCAAACUUUUGGAUACAGGAAAUCUUGUUUUACUUGAGAAUGGUAGCCAAAGAGUUGUGUGGGAAGGCUUCAAUUACCCCUCAGAUACAUUGCUUUCCUUUAUGAAGAUGGGGCUGAACCGGCGGUCCGGGUUGGAGUGGCACCUAACAUCUUGGAAGUCAAAAGAUGACCCCGGAACUGGGAGUUUUACAUAUGGGAUAGACCCGAUGGGGUUUCCGCAGUUGUUUCUGUGCAAAGGUAGAGAAGCAUUGUGGCGGGCCGGCCCUUGGAUCGGGGACAGAUUGAGCGCUCUACCUGUAAUGACGGCUACCGUCUACAAUGCAAGUUUUGUCAACAAUGAAGACGAGAUAUCCUUAGUGUUUGCUGUUGCUAAGGAGUCAUUGAUCACAAGGGUGGUGAUAGAUGAAUCAGGAAUAUUUCAAGCGUUCGUGUGGAAUGAUCAAUGGAUCAAAUUCUACUCCCACCCGACUGAGUGGUGUGAUUACUAUGGACAGUGCGGUCCAAAUACUAACUGUGACUCAGAGAAGGACUAUAAGUUGGCUUGCACAUGCCUACCUGGGUUCGAAUCCAAAUCACCUAGUUUGAGUGUUGGUGAAAGUGGAUGCAUUAGGAAAGCGGGAGCAUCCAUAUGUCAAAAUGGAGAAGGGUUCGUGAAGGUGGCGUGUGUAAAAAUACCGGACUCAUCUAUGGCAUAUGUGAACAUGAGUAUGAGUUUGGAAGAGUGCAAACAAAAGUGCUUGAUGGAUUGUUCUUGCACAGCUUACACGAGUGCGGAUGACCGAGGAGGUGGGAUCGGGUGUGUGACAUGGCACGGGGACUUGAUGGACAUGAGGACUGUCUCCGAUGUUGGUCAAGAUUUAUAUGUUCGAGUCGAUGUAACUUCUUUAGGGUCAGUUUUAAGGGAAUGUGAGAGACAAAUGGAUCUCAACCACAUGUAUUAA